GGAAACGGAGAUACAGCGCAUGUGGAGAGAUGGCGGCUACUGAGGUUGAUUCCCCUCCAGUCGUGAGCACAAAGCGAUUGGAGGGUAGUCUGGUAGCUCCCCCGACCCCUCUUCUAGUGCCCAACCAUCUCACGGCAAUAAAGACUUUCUUUGCUGGGGGAUCCAGCGGUGUUCUUCAGACCAAACCCUCUGUCCUACACUUCAGUGGCUACAGAGUGGGACAUACCCACAAACAAACACUAAGAGUCAUCAAUGCUUCCAAAGACAACCAACAUAUGCACAUUAUCCCUCCGUCCACACCUCAUUUCUCAAUUCACUACACCAAGAAGAAGGGUCGACUGGUUCCAGGGCUAAGUCUGGACAUUACCGUACAGUUCAGGCCCACAGAAUGGAAGUACUACUACGACUGCAUACGCAUUCACUGCAAGGAUGAUCAGAACCUACUGGUACCCAUUCAUGCCUACCCAGUGAUGAACACGGCAAAGUUUCCCAGCAACGUCCGGUUUCCCACCACCCCCGUCGGUCGCACACGCAACAAGACCCUCACUCUGGAGUGUGACGUCCCCGUGGACUUUGAGUUUCAGCUCGCUGUCUUGCAGCACCAUCCCGCCUUUGUCAUCACUCCCAUGAGAGGUGUUGUUCCAGCUAAUGGGAAGGUUGAUGUGAUGGUAACAUUUGCUCCGACCGAAUUCAGCACUGCCAUAAUGAAGGUCAAGUUGGAGCUAACGCAGUUCAACUCCUCUCCUCUGGUCUGUACCUUCUCUGGGUCUUCUCUCCCUGGACUUGACAUAGACUCUGUCAGUGUGUGUUCUAAGUCAACUCCACCAGCUAAACUCACCAAGACAGUCGCCCUACCUCCACUAUCUCACCUGCAACCAGGCCCUGGUAGUAAGAGGAAGAAGAGUGGCGAAAAGACUGGUGCAAAAACAAAGAAGAAAGAACUGUCCACUAAGUCUUCCACAGGGGAAGACCCUAUAAGAAUUGACUGCCCGGCAGUAGUCAGUAGGUUACUGACACAGAAACCCUCUCACCAACUUCUGGUGUCAGACUCACACCCGGAAGCAUUGAGCUCACCAGGUGGUGGGUCAGACCGACACGAGAGAGAGGGAAAGUUUCUCAAACGAGUCGGGCAGAUUGCCAAAGAAGAGAGAGCCAACAAACUGAGAUGGGUGACUCAGCUAGGCUCUGAAUCUCCCACACCAUCAGAAAUGGAGGCAGUACUGCAGGAGAGGAGCAGGGCCACCCAGCUCUACCUCCACCACUACUGCCACGAGCCAGUGACUGGCUCUGAGUUUACUCACACACAUACUCAGUGCUUCUACAGACGAACGUGCCGCCUGGUGAAUGAGCAUCCCCCAGUUUCUCCAAAGUUUGAUCAGUACUCCAACAACGUGUGGCAAAAGAGGCAGAGAACAAGACUGGCGUUUGUCAGGGCUGCCAGGAAAGUCUUGAUACAGGUGAGGGUGCAGAGGAGAUUGGAAAAGAUUCGCAAGUUGGUUCAUAGAUUAAAGAAUGGCACAGAAGCAGAGGAACUACUGCAUAGCCAAGAUAAACCUGAGGGGUUGUUGGUCCCAGUACCGCUGCCAGUGUGCAAUUUUCUCCCACUAUCCUUCCCAAAGUCUACCACACACACCGCCACACAAUCCUCCAGCAAAUCUUCUGUCCAAAUUACCUUCCCAGUCAAGCCAACUGAGGUCUCAGUACAGAGGAAUAUCCCACUCAUGGAACUCAAGGUCCCUAACCAGUACCAAUUGCUGGGAUAUACUACCAUGUUACCACCACUAUUUGGGACCUACAUCCCUCCUGGUCUACCCAGACCUCUCAGAACAGGAGCAGAGGCUGAACGUGAAAACCUUGGACAUCUCUCAGGAGUUGAUCCAGCCUUCCUAAGGUCAUCUUCCCUCACUACUAUCGCUCCAUCUCACCCUCUCGCCUCUCACCAACAACCACCUCUCACCGUCCAAGACAUAGAGACUGACCCCGAGAGAAGAGAUGCAGUAACUGAGGGGUGUGGCAACACAACUAUUCUUCCUUUAGUACCGCCUCAAAUUAAAACCGAGGCAUAUUCAGUGGAUAUAUUUAACCCAUGUCCAGGAGUUGUCCACUAUGUCCCACCACUCCCUCAUUCAGAGGUGACUCUAGACCACACCUUCUUGCCCCUCCCACUCUGCCCACCCUCCUCUGCACACUCUCACCCACCACUACACCCCCAGGACUACAUCCCGGGUUUGAUGCACUGGAAACCGUUUCCCUCUCUGUGGCUUGUGGCAAAUGAAAAGAGAGAUGUUUCACAACCUCUUCAUAGCCAAAGAACGCGAGACCCGUUCUUGGAGGACCUGAUGGCAGAGAUCUCAGAGCCACAAUUGCUGGGUGGUCCUCAGCCUGAUGACAUCAUUGAAGAACCCACCAGCUCUGAACUGCUGCCUACUCCAACACCACAGAUGGUCAGGUCCCUGUUCCAUGUCCCCCUGGAACAGACCACGGACCACAUGGCCGGUGAUGUGACAGCUGUUGGGAAUACCACGGGACUUGUCUCUAGAAUACACCAGCGGUUGGAACAUGCUAUGGCACUACUCGAUUCUACCGAUGACAGUGGGAAAUGUUGAUACAAAACACUUGUGGUCUUGCAUUUUUACCCACAAUUGUUAUACAUACGUAUCUCAGUCUCAGUUACAGUUUUUAGUCAAACGUGUGAAGGUGGUGCAAAAAAUCUGAAAUUGUGGAAGGGAGUAGGGAAGUAAGCUUAUAGUGUCAAAGGUUUUUACCAGUCCUCUGGUGUAGCUACUGCAUUUUAUUCAGAGUAAAGUUUUUUCAGCUGUGGGCCACUGCUUUUAGUCUUCUUUGUGGUUGGUUUGAGAGAGAGAGUUAGCCUCUCCUCUUGCAGUGAGAGUUGCUUUUGCAUUGAAUCACCUGGUCUAGGCUCCAGGCUGUCAUACAUUGACUUUUCGAUGGGCCAAUUGGCAAAACUUCUUUCUUUUUUCAGUUUCUUGUCUUCCGUGCUUCGAAGCUCUUCUGCGUCCAUUUUUGGAGGCAGCGGCGGAGCAUCUGUCUCGAAAUUGAGAACUGCAGCUGCACUGGAAACAGCGCUCUCGUCGGCACUACCGUCUUGAUCGAGACUGCUCGGAGCCAGCAGGGAUGGUAGGGAGUCAGCCGUCUCACACCUUACGCCUUCAUCGGGCUCCAAAAUGGCGUAAGCAUGGGGUGUAUUGAUCCCAGUGCCGUUGAAGGCGGUUGUGUCGUUGCAGUUAGCGGCGGCUGCACCCCUCUCAUCUUCCUCAAGGAUGUUCAGGUCGCUGCCAUGGGGGCUGGUCAGCCAGCGCUUCUGCCCUCUCACGCUCUCGUAGAGAUGGGGGAGGCUCGGUUCUGGGUUCUUUGUGUCGGGGAGUGAGAGCUGGUUUUGCGCUGGGUUUGGGAAGCUUUUCUGCAUCAAAUGUUUCCUCGGGCUUAAGAGUUCAAAUGCGGCUGGGGUUAGGUCUGUUUUGCUGGUGUUGUUACUGCCCUGGAAAGAGCUCGUACGCCAGUCAUCUUUCAGCAUAUGUUUUGAGCUAGACCUAAAUUUCAAAAACAGAGCAAUUACAAUGACCACAAGAAGGAUUAUAGCUAGCACCAAUGGUGUUAUUGUGCCAGCUAGUACUGCCCCAAGAGGUGAAGAAGAAGACGCUUGCUGGAGUGCUGGCUCCUUGCACAUGCCGCCAAUAUCGUUGUCUUCCAGUAGCAUUCGUGUUUUUUCAUCGUCACAGUCAACUUCGCAAAUGACUCCUGCACUAUCGAUAGGGUCACACUGGUCAACUAUAUAGUGGCACUCAUAUAUACGAUCUUCAUUGCUGCUACAGAUGUAGUGUAGGAGCGGAGAUUUCACUGGACGGUCAAAGUAGUGUCCAUCCACUGCCACCGAAGUUGAUGUGGCGUAGUUUAGUUGUCGACACACUACUUCAGCUUCUCUGUUGCUCCAUUGGUCACGACAGAUAGAGAUCCAGUGGCCCACCACACAAACCUCUACUAUACCUUCUCUUGAGUCCCUACCAGCCACCAGUCGAACAUCACCUUCAGUACAGUCUCCUGGGCAUGCAAUGACUGCUCCGUUAGGUUCACUGCACGAAUGUUCUCCAAAAACCGAUCCUCUGCAAUCUUUCAGGGUCGCUUCGUUGCCCUUACAGUGUAGGUAGGUGUAUUGCAGCAGCAUGGGUACUUCAGACGCACCUUUAGAUGUGGCUAGAGGGUGGCCCCUUACUACUACAGCAG